GGGCUAUGUAUUUGUGUGUCAGCUUUUUUGUUUGUCCGGACGAGGUCCUGAGAAGUCCCUGGCGCGGAGUUGGGCGUACUCCCUGCGUGCAACCCUCAUUAACGCACAAGACUUAGGCUGGUGACACACUGGAGAAUGACUGUUGUGUGUGCAAAUCUUGUUCGUUGGACGGGCGUUGUAGCGGUGAUGGUAACGUUGCUUACUGCACCAGUCAAAGUAUCUACUCCACUGAGACUCGCUAGUGGUACCAGAACUGUUCAGCUGUGGACAGGACGUUUGGAAGUCUUCCACAGUGGCAAAUGGGGGACAGUAUGUGGAGAUCAGUUCACUGAUCUCAACGCCGGGGUUGCUUGCCGUGCUCUAGGCUACAGUUUUGGAUAUGCUGUUACAAAUGCUUGGUUUGGAGCUGGCACGGGACAGAUUUGGCUGGACAAGGUUGUUUGCUCAGGAUUGGAGACUGAUAUAUCCGAGUGUUCACAUAAUGCUUGGGGAAAAAUUCACUGCACCCAUAGGGAAGAAGUUGGGCUUGCCUGCUUAAAAAGGCCAGAAAAGUAUUCUGGAGCUCCUUUAAGGCUUGUUGAUGGUUUUGGAUAUAAUGAUAGUCUAAGUGGCCGUCUGGAAGUGCUCUACAAGAACAUAUGGGGAACAGUAUGUCACGACUUAUUCACUCUCAAGACUGUCAGAGUGAUUUGCAAUCUUCUUGGUUUCAGCUCUGGUUAUAAAGUGGAAAAUUCCAAUUUCCCAGCCACGAAUGGACAGAUUUGGCUGGACAGCGUUGUUUGCUCAGGCGGGGAAACUGAUAUAUCUGAGUGCUCACAUGAUGACUGGGGAGUAACUGACUGCCCAGCAUAACGAAGACGUAUGGCUUGUCUGCUCGAAUACCCCAGUCACUCCCUUAAGGCUAUUUGGUGGAUUUGGUGAUACGCAAAGCUUGAGUGGCCGACUAGAAGUGUUUUACAAUGACAAUUGGGUGACAUUUUGUCAAGGAACUUUCACUCCUAUCACCGCCAGAGUGAUUUGCAAUCUUUUGGGUUUCGGUGAAGGUAUAUCACAUGCGGCGGCCAUUACUCGAGGAAAUGGUCCUUUCUUCUUCAGUAACGUACAGUGUUCUGGAGAGAGACAGACAUACUACAGUGCAAACUGUAACGACACCUGUCUGUUUGAACAGAUUGGCGUUGCUACAAUGCUUUCUUCCCCGGUCCAGUGCGGAUACCUCUUCGAAUAGCGUUACUACCCUGAUACCGAACAAAACGCAGACACCAAAAGAAUUAUCGUCAAUCCCAGCGGAUAUCUCUUCGACUACCAUGAGUACCCAGAUACCGGACAAAAUGAAGCCACCAACUGAAUUAUCGUCAAUCUCAGACGAACAUUCCACAGACAUCCCAGUACCAUGCAAAAUUCAAGCGUCAGAUUUAAAUGCCGAUUCUAAGGGACUGGACAACCGAGCCCUUACCGUUGGUGUGGCUGUAGGAGUUGGUGAAGCUGUCAUUGGCAUAGUUAUCGUUGCAAUUAUUCUUGUUGUUCAGCGGUAUCGACAUUCUCAAAAUGGUACCCAUAGGGAAUCUGGUGCGACAGAUGAGUACUGUUACGAAAAUGAAGACUUUGUGGUUGAAAACAGACGACGUAACCGCCCGUGCCCGGAAGUUGCCUCAGAAACGGAACGUCCACAGUCCGUAUACAGCGUGGACGAUACAUAUGACCAAAUAUCUUUCAGCUAAAACUAUACUCCGGAGACGUGGGCAGGAAAGGUAUACAUGGCUGCCGGACAAACAUGCCUGUUUUGUUUAUAUUUUACAAUACCUGGGGUAACGCCGACUUAAGGCCAUGUGCAGUGAAGGACAAAAACAUGUGAAAAUAUUGUUAAAUAUGUAACAAUAUUAACACGCUCAUUUUCCAAAGUCUUUUUUUCUUUCUUUCGUUGGGUGAGGGGUGGGAAAAUGGGGUAAUUUCUUCGCUCACUCCUGCAUAAUAAAAUUCAUUAAAGGCAAAUUGCCUAACGCUGUACACUGAACUAGCCUAGCGCGACGACUGCGCUAGGGAGCAUUUGUUUGAUGAAAUUGUCUUAGACACUUAAUUUGUAUACAUACUAGAAGAGUUAAAACAGUAAACAUUCCAGGUGCAAGAGAAACUAAACUGUUUCGCAAUGACCUAAUUCAUUUUCAUGCCUGAUGAAAGAAAUACCACUGUCUGUUGCGUCUGUGGUGGGUGUACAUUUUCGAUUUCCAAGAAUUGGCCCAGUUUAUGAUACCCGAGGCAAAUCUUAAUGAGACGAAUUAAAAAUCAUGGCAUCCUCUUAAAAAACCGUAAGGUCACAUUUAGGCACAUUGUCGAAAUAUGCUCGCAUUUGUCCGUGCUCAUGUACUCUUGCUGUGCAACCCAGCUUCCUUUCGACGGGAACGUAUCAUAAACCAUAGUGAAGUUCC